AACUUGUAGAUCCACCAAGUUCCGGUAGAUGUCACCAUAUCGCCGCUCUUGAGUUAAAUUGUUUCCCAGGUUUCAACCCGAGUUCUAAACCGAGGUCCUUUGGCACCGCAGGUUAGCUAGCACUCGUUGUUUGCUUUUUGGAACGAAGUGCCGAUCUGCUGCUUCUGAACCUGGGUUUGACCUAUACAAAUAAGAGCGGUUUUAUUUAGUAGGUUACUUCACAUUCUGAGGUGUGUUAGCAAGCUAGUUUUCUUAGCAAAAGAACCAACAACCCCCAAACAAAACAGCUGGAGUAAAUUGUGUAGCUCAGAGCGAGGUGUCGGAAGCAGGUGUUACUUUGUUGAAAAUGGCUGACGCCUUUGGGUUCCCCACCUUUGACAACGGAGUUCAGGCAGAAGAAGACCCAGCGGCAGCUUUCUUGGCUCAACAGGAGAGCGAGAUAGCCGUUAUUGAGAACGACGACGACGACGAUGGUUUCGGGGCUCUCGAAGAAGCCCCACAGCCGCAUUUGUCUUCUCAGUCCCUCGAAGAUGCAUUUGGAGGAACGCCCGCCACAGCCGUAAACGGAGACAUGUUUCAGGACUCCAACGGCAUAACAGACGGCUAUGCAGCCAUUGCCCAGGUCGACCAGCAGAGACAGGAGCCUGAAAGUCUGCGCAAGUGGCGUGAGGAACAGAAGGAACGGCUGGAGCGAUUAGACUCUGCAUCAAAGGCAGCAGAGGCUGAGUGGAAGGAGAAAGCGAAGAAGGAACUGGAGGACUGGCACCUGCACCAGCAAGAACAAAUGGAGAAGAACAAAGUCAACAACAGGAUUGCUGAUAAGGCUUUCUACAAACAGCCCAACUCUGAUGUGAUAGGCUUUGUAGCGUCAGAGGACGCCUUCCUGAAGGAGUGCGAUGACAACAGCCCCGGCUCCGAAUGGGAGAAGGUGGCCCGACUGUGCGACUUCAACCCCAAGACCAGCCGCCAGACAAAAGACGUGUCGCGAAUGCGCUCCGUCCUCAUCUCCCUGAAACAGACACCGCUGGUUCGCUAAGGCCCUACACCACCGCUCCCUCUCGCACUUUAUUUUAGUACACUAACGGUUUUGGCUUUUACUUUUUAACAGUUUUAGAGAUGGCGUGUGAUUUAAACUUCUGGCCUGUUCACACCAUUUCCCCCCCCCCCCCCCCCAUCAUAUUGGAAGCGAAUGAAAAAUGCCUUUUCCCUUUCUCCACGUUUGCCUGUUUUUAAGGUAUAGGAGCUAUUCAUGCCUCCAACCUAGAGAAGUAGAGCGGUUUAAGAAAAUCUGUAGCCAAGACUGUGGCAAGUGCAGUGGUUUGCCCUUAUUUUAAUAUCCAGGUGGUGUGGCAGAUAAACUGUCAUUUUUAGUCAUGUGCCAUAGAGCAUUAUGUCUCCAUUUCGCCAGCAUGUGAACGAUCAUAUAAUCAGAUCAUGUUCAUUCACCGGAGUCCUGCCAAAACUUAACGCAACCUUCUGUUACAGGAGAUCCUUUUGCUUCUCGUGUCUGUUACAAAAUCCAAGAUUUGGAACCCUUCACAUCUAUUGUAAAGCCUGUCUCCAUUCCAAAACUAGAAACGCUGUUGCUCUUUCCCGUGUUGGCUUCUGAUUAGCAUUCUGGGCUGGCAUGACAAUUGCGCAGCAUAUUACAUUCAGAAAUCUGAUGGGGCUUGCUUUCUUGCCCAGUCAUUUCCAGAACGCAUGUCGCAGAUAUUUCAUAUCUGUUAAUUUGGAAAUGGCUAUUAAUUAGUCUCAUUAAUAGCCAUUUCCAAGUUAACAGAUUAUUUCAGAAUGUUAAUUGCUUAUUUAUUGGUGGUCUUGUUUCUGCCAUUAAACCUACUGUAUAUUGAUUGUCUCUGAGCUGUAGCAGGUUUGACCAGGUUUAAUAAUCAGCAUUUCAUCUGAUUCUUUAACAUGAACAUAGUUUGGCAUGUUAGUGUUACUGAUAUUUACCUUCACUAUUAGUCACUCUAUAUCUUACAGCUUCGAGGCCUUUCUUGAUGACAGAUUAAAUACUGUUACUUGCCUUUCAAUUAACCAAUUCUGUUGUUGUAUGACAGAUUGUGUUUGACUGGCUGCCAAAGAGUCCAUCUAUGUCUUUGCUCUAAAUAAAAAUAAAAACACAAACAACCCUUGGGACAAUUUUACAGA